GUAUGCUGCUGACAGAGGGCAUGGCCCGAGAGCGAGGGGCUAAUCCGCAGGUUGGGUGAGUGGCCGCAUUGUGCACAGCUCUGUGUGGAUUACGGGACCCGCCAGGGGUGUCCUGCGCACUGCCAGAGCUCACAAGGGGCGCGCCACUUGUGACAGGUGGACGAACGCUGCGCGUCAGGCUGACCGGACUGCAAGCUUCACUUCUGGGCAAAAAUCAGAAGCUUCGCCUGAACUUCAUUCGUGACAACUGCCUGAACCUCCGCAGCAAGAUGAAACUAUGGGGCGGAAAAGCAUACUUGAAGUACCUUGUGUUCGUAAGCCUUGUGCAAGGUUGCUGUGGUGCUCAUGGGAAAUAUGCUCACAAAUUGUUGAAUGAUCUCUUUGCCAACUACACAAGUGCACUGCGGCCAGUGGAGGACACAGAUAAAGCUUUGAAUGUCACCCUGCGCAUCACUUUAUCCCAGAUCAUUGACAUGGAUGAAAGAAAUCAAAUCCUUACAGCGUACCUGUGGAUCCGACAGGUGUGGACUGAUGCGUACCUGAGGUGGAAUAAGGAUGAUUAUGAUGGGCUUGAUACCAUCCGCAUACCUAGUAGUUAUGUAUGGAGACCUGAUAUAGUCCUAUAUAACAAUGCUGAUGACCAAUUCACUGGCUCUAUGGAGACCAAUGUUGUUAUUAGACAUGAUGGUCAAAUAAUGUGGGACUCACCAGCUAUCACCAAAAGCUCCUGCAAGGUGGAUGUUUCCUUUUUUCCAUUUGAUGGACAACAGUGCAGACUUACCUUUGGUUCUUGGACAUACAAUGGAAAUCAGAUUGAUAUUUUAAAUGGCCUUGACAGUGGGGACCUGACAGAUUUUGUGGAAAAUGUGGAAUGGGAGGUCUUAGGCAUGCCCGCCAAGAAGAAUGUUAUUCUUUAUGGUUGCUGCUCAGAUCCUUAUCCGGAUGUCACCUACACUCUUAAGCUUAAGAGAAGAGCCUCCUUUUACAUUUUCAACUUGCUAAUUCCAUGUAUUAUGAUCUCCUUUCUUGCUCCUUUGGGGUUCUAUCUGCCUGCUGACUCAGGAGAAAAGGUUUCCCUUGGCGUCACUGUGCUUUUAGCACUGACGGUCUUCCAGCUGCUUGUAGCAGAGAGUAUGCCACCUUCAGAAAAUGUUCCUCUUAUUGGAAAAUACUACAUUGCCACAAUGACCCUGAUAACGGCAUCAACUGCCUUGACAAUUUUUAUCAUGAACAUCCAUCACUGUGGACCAGAUGCCAAGCCUGUUCCAAAGUGGGCAAAAACGAUUGUUCUGCAAUAUAUGGCCAAAAUUUUCUUUGUGUAUGAAGUGGGUGAGAACUGCAUGAGUCCUCAGCCUGACAAACCCGAUGCAGCACCACCAGCGAAGACUAACACAAUGAAUGGUCAGGCCAAGAAAGAUGACUUUGUGUUAAAGAUUAAAAAGAGUCAGGAUGGUCUGGCACAGAAGCUUCAAGAAAUUCAGGAGGAGUUUGAUCAACGUGGGACUCCUGCUGCAUCGAUGGCAAACACACCUACCAAUUGCUACACUCCAUGGAAAGAAGAAGGAAAGUAUGUCAGUUUGGACAGAGGAGACUGUGGUGGUGGAGGUAAAAAUAAAGACACAUUUUGUAAGGUGCAAUGUGUGUGCCACCAUCACGACCUACUGAGGAACAUUGAGUAUAUCGCCAACUGCUAUCGAGAUCAGAAAGCCACCCAGAGAAGAACUACAGAAUGGAAGAAGGUGGCCAAGGUAAUGGAUCGCUUCUUUAUGUGGAUCUUCUUCAUCAUGGUUUUUUUCAUGAGUCUGCUUAUCAUGGGAAAAGCGGUUUAAACAAAAGCCAAUUCUCAGUAAUUAAGAGGAUGCAUGCCUGCUCCUUAAAUUUGAAGGAAAUGCUGGAAGGUUUUGAAAAUCACUGCAGCCAAAGUUUCAUUACCCUUCCCAAAAAAUGUACUCACAAUGAACAAUGAAUACCCAAGGAUUUAAAUUAAACAAAUAGUAAUGCUGUCUGUUUGUCUUUUAAAAAAAUACGGCUUUAGGUUUGCUCUUCAGGUUUCAUUACGUGUCUGGAUGUAAACAAAAACACAAUGUACAAAAGCUGGAAGCAUUUUCACUUCUUUUUGUGAUGUACUUCUUGAACCUUAUAGAUCUAUUCAUAGAAUUGUUAAGUAGAGGAAAGCUGAAGGCUUUAUAUUUACAGUGUUGACAACAUAUUCAGAGUGUUUAGAACAUAUGCAGACCCCUUCACUUUCUACACAUUUUGCUAUGUUGCAGCCUUUUGCUAAAAUCAUUUAAAUAAUU